AUGAAAACAAGUGGAGGCAAAGCUAUACGAUGUAUGUCAUCUUUCAAACUCUUUAUUGGAGGACUCUCGUAUAGAACAGAUGACCAAAGAGUAGUGAUCGAAGCAAGAGUUAUUAUGGAUAGUGAGACGGGCAGAUCUAGAGGCUUUGGUUUUGUUAGUUUUACAUCUACUGUGGAGGCAUUUGCGCCCAUGGAAGGACGACGACGAUGA